UCUCCAGAAUACGUUAAGCUUUUGAUUGAAUCAGAUUUGGUGCGGCUAUGGCGGACCUGUACGAGCCUGAUCUCGGUGCAGCGUAUUAUCGCUCUAACGACCCCAUUAAGAAUCUCAAUAUCAGAGUCAAAUUGGAAAAGGUGACCUCAUCUAGUAUUAUACCUCAGCAAACAGAGGAAAAAGAAAAUCAAAAUGUUGAAAUGCAAAGCCUGGCUGAUGAAGUUCAGAAAGAUGAGGAGGAAAGAGUUUUUCAUUGGCAGGAAAAAGUUUUCUGUCUGAGAGAAACCGAGCUGUACAGCAAUGAGGCUAGCUGUGAAGGAGUCAUGGAAAAGAAAUACAACAAAGAUGUCACAGAAAUUCUGGAGAAAGGGAAGCCUAACAACCGUCUAUUUUCAUAUGUUGAUCAUGACAAAUUCAGUCAGAGUAGUGAGUCAGUUCAGUACUUAACUACAUCAGCCAAUGAGAAGCCGUCCUUUCUUACCGAAAAAAUGGCCAAUCUACGAAGAAGGAAAGUCGGGGGUGGCAAGAAAGAUGAUAACAGAAGAAACAAGGCCUUCAGAGAAGUCGGUUUCGUGCCGAAAAUAAACACUGUUGAUUAUAAUCCGUCGGAGGAGUUACGCAACAGAAAUCACAUCAUGGCUGCUCCGAUGCAGGUGCAUUACAUCAUGGCUGACCUCAGUCGCAGAGAAGAGGGCAGUGGAACUCUUCAAGAAGAGGCAGUGUUGUGUAUGAUACAAAUGGAUGCCAAUGGCGUAAUAUGCAUGCGUCCCGACUUCAGCAAAGGCAAGAAACCUUACGUCGUGGAAAAUAAUAUCAAAGGAGAUGUUUUUGAAUACACAAUACAACACAGUUCAAAGAUCAUGAAUAGACAGGAACAGGACAAGGAGCUGAAGAUGUAUCGUGAGGUUUACAGUCGCCACUCAGACUUCCUACAGGCGUGCGUUGGUGAGGAUUUUGAAUUGCCACCCCUGAAUGUUCUUAGGCUAUUGGUUUAUGGAGAGAUGGAAUGUGCCCGGGACUUUGAGUAUGACGAUCUGUACCUACAUUUCCUUGUAGACUUACCAAAACACUGGACGGCUGACCGGUCACAACAGUUAUCCUGGGUAACACAGACAUGUAGGACAAAGGUCGAAGGUCGGGAUAACGUCUCAUACUUCAGCUUCCCAUUUAACUUUGAAUUGUUCUACAAAGACACUUCCAUAAGAGAUGAAGAUAAAGAGCCUCUUCCUCACUUUCCUAUCAUCAUGGUGGAGGUUCUGUCUCUGGACAGGUGGAACAGAUUCCGGACCGAAGGAUACACAUACAUAUCAAUCCCUACUCAUCCAGGUACAUACAGAGAGAAUGCUCGAUGUUGGAGGCCCAUUGGGAAGUCGGCCGCAGCAGAACUACGCAGAUUUUUCAUCGGGGGUUCACCCGAACUUGAAGACAUCACUUAUACAGCCAUCCCAUCUACUUUUCAGGGGUCACACUUGAGUAAGUACGGGUUCCGGACAGAAUCCACAGGAACAAUCAGUACCAAGCUUAAUGUCAUCCUACAAUCGCAAGCAUUCAUGGAAAAGAAAGCCAACAAAAAAACAUUAGGAAAUCUUCUGGAUAACUUAGG